UCGAUGACACUGACGGAUUGGAUACGAGGUGUUUUCGUCGCUUCUACGCUAGUCCGCGCAGCCUAUACACUGUAUACUGUAUUGAGAGAAGCACUAAGCGAGAGAAACAAAAACGACGAGUCGACCAUCAGCAGAGUUCUCUUCUUCCCCGAUAAAGAACUACUCAGACAGACACACGAGAGGACACUGGACGUUCGUCGCUCUCGCAGCGAUGCACAGCCUCCUAGAUGUCGUCAACAGCGAGGAGUGACCGCCUUGGAGGUCAUCCUGCGCCACAUCCGGGACGCCUCACAGAGUCUGGAUGUGUGUGUGUUUACGAUCACGUGCUACGAGUUGGCUCGAGCUGUAGUUGACGCACACUGUCGAGGAGUGAUUGUCAGAGUUAUCACCGACAGCGAGCACGUUCUGUCUGCGGGCUCACAGGUUCUCUUGUUUCGUCGCGAGGGCAUCCAGGUCCGAGAGGACGACUCAUCGUUCCACAUGCAUCACAAAUUCGUGGUCGUCGACAAGAAGACAUUAAUUAACGGGUCGUUUAAUUGGACGAGAAAUGCAGUGACUGGAAAUAGAGAGAACGUCAUGAUAAGCGAAGGCGGCAACGUCACACACAGAUUUGUGGAAGAGUUCGAACGACUCUGGCGAGAGUUUAAUCCAGAAACGAGAUAG